GGACGAGCAAUGACACACCUUUAUUUUCGUGUCUUGCUCAUUGCCCACGUUCCCGCGAUGUAAAUAUCUGGACACGGAAGUUUGUGAAAAAAAGAGGAUUAGGUAUUUGAGCGCAAAGAAACUCCAAUUUCAAGUAUUAUCGAGAAUUCCAUGUGACUCGCAAGUGUGCCACGGUGCUUGCUGGAGAGGAGACAUGUGCAUUUUUGACAUUCCCGAAAUUCAAUUGAUACAUAUUUUCUAAAAUAAAUCAUGGCUGAGGCGGCUGCCAAAAGGGAGGCCAGGAAACGGCGAAUUCUGGAAAACUCGGAAAAUCGACUUCAACGAAUUAGAUCCAAUUGCGAAGGCAAUAAUUAUGAAGGAGUGUCAAACGACGUAUUCCAUGGAUACGUUCAGUCGGGUAACUCUAAAUUACAAUGUAAAGGGUUGUCAGUUUUGGAUGCAGUUAACGGGAAAGAAUGUGCCGGUUCUUUGAUCGAUGGUAUAGAUUCGGAUCUAGAUGGGCAAUAUUUUGGGUCCGAUACAUUUGUAGAUAACAAAGAAACGAGUUUCUCCCAAAGUUCGGUGCCUCACAGGUUCCAAAACCACAGAACAAUGCGAGAUGACACAUACAUAGACGGUCCGCAAUAUCAUUUAACUUCAGAAAGUCAAGCUAAUUCGCUUGCAUUCGUUGGCCAAUGUUACGACAAUGGAAGUCAGAAUGAUUUAAAAGAACCAACAGUCAAUAUUUCGCUGCUAUACUUAUUGAGGAGCCAGAUGAUAUACAUACUACUUGCUGCUAUUGCAAAUGUACUAUUACUGUCAAAGCUGGAUGAUUCAUUUGGGAUGACUAUUGUAAUACCAUAUUUUGUAACGGCUUUGGGUCAAUUAUUAAUACACGAUCGUAAUCAAGAAAGUUAUGAAGGCAAGCUUCUUGUGGCUGCUCUCAUCCUAUGUAAUGUAAAACCUGAUCUUAUUUAUAGGAUAAAGGCAUUAUUAACACUCGUCCGCAGAAUUCUGGAAAACUUUGCUAUAUAUAUCUUUAGUUUUGUAUUAAUACGUAGCAUCAUCGCCAAAUAUUGGUAUGACUUUGGCACUGUACUUUAUGUGAAUCAGGAAGAUAAAUAUCCAGUCGAUACAUAGGCAGAAGAAAUUUAUCUCAAUAAUAAUGUACACAUUUUGUGAAAGUGUUUAUUGAUUGUUUUUAUUUCUGCCGCUGGGCUAAAUAAUGUUACGUUUGACUGUUUUUCUUAUUGCCAGCUUAUGAUGCAGGGUGAGCUAAAAUUACCGCCAUUCCUUUGACCAGCGUGAUAUCGUGUGAAAGAUUGAAUAAAAAUGUUUCUUUAAAAAAUA